AUGUUGUGGGCUGAUGGGGCAUUUGUGCAGCUUGUUUUAGUGUUAAUAGUGCCGUUGCUAGGAUUUAUUCUCCUUUAUAUACGAUAUGUCAAACGUCACUCGUGUGUAAACGGAAAUGUGACCAAAAGGAAGUGUCCAUUAACAUCAAUGCGAAUAUGCUGUGUGGCUGGAUCUGGUGGACAUACUGCUGAAUUACUGAUUCUAAUGUCUGCAUUCAAACAACAGUUUGGUCAUCGUAUAUAUAUUGUUUCCCAUACUGACAGACUAAGCGAGCAAAAGAUAAUCGAAUUUGAGAAGUCCCAAAGAUUGGGGGACUUUCAAAUGGAACGAAUAAGAAGAAGUCGAGAAGUAAAACAGAGCUAUGUCACCUCAAUAUUCACAACAAUUUGGGCCUGCGUUGAAAGUUUAUUUUUGAUGUGGCGAAUAAGGCCUGAUGCUGUGCUCUGCAAUGGACCAGGUGUUUGCUUACCGAUUUGUUUUGCUGUAGCGUUGUUCGAUUUGCUGCGACUCUGUGAUGUACGCUUGUUUUAUGUAGAAAGUUUAUGUAGAGUGAAAAAAUUAUCAUUGACUGGACGGAUUUUAUAUGAACUGCGCAUUCCUGACAUUUUUUUCGUGCAUUGGGAAGAUCUUAUCCAACGUUAUCCACGUGUUGUUCUAGUACCAUGUAAUCAGUACGAGUAA